AUAGCUAAAGCCUUUAAAGAAGCUGUAGCUAAUGCGGAAGCAGUCCUAGAGGGGCAAGCUAAUGCUGAAACUAAUGAGAGAGCUAUGGUGGAAGUUAAAAAGAAGAGAAGUAUUAUUGGAGAACAUUAUUACGAAGAGUUCUCCACAGAAUUUUGA